AUGGCGGACUUACACAACACCCCCAUCGUGAUCGACAAUGGCAGUGGGACAAUCCGAGCAGGGUACGCUGGCGAAGACCAACCCAAGUGCUUCUUCCCGAGCUAUGUUGGGCGACCGAAGCACUUGCGCGUCCUUGCUGGUGGUCUGGAUGGUGAUGUAUUCAUCGGCAAGCGGGCGCAGGAGCUGCGAGGGCUAUUGAAGAUCAGGUAUCCUUUGGAGCAUGGCAUCGUCACAGACUGGGAUGACAUGGAGAGGAUAUGGCAGUAUGUGUACACAGAUGAGCUCAAGACGCUGAGUGAAGAGCACCCUGUUCUACUCACCGAAGCACCCCUCAACCCACGCCAAAACCGCGACACUGCAGCACAAAUAUUGUUCGAGACAUUCAAUGUGCCGGCUCUCUACACAUCUAUACAAGCCGUACUAUCACUUUACGCCUCAGGCAGGACGACUGGUGUGGUACUGGAUGCAGGUGAUGGAGUGUCGCAUGCUGUGCCAGUAUAUGAGGGCUUUGCGAUUACGAACAGUAUUCGUAGAAUCGAUGUCGCAGGACGGGAUAUAACAGAGCAUCUGCAAACCCUGCUGCGAAAAAGUGGCAGUGUAUUCCACACCAGCGCAGAAAAAGAAAUCGUGAAGCAGAUCAAGGAGACCACCAGCUACGUCGCACUGGAUCCCAAGAAAGAGGAGAAAGAGUGGCAGGCCGCCAGCAAUCGAAGCGGAGAGUCUAAGGCAGUCGAUUACGUCUUACCUGACGGUCAGCAUCUCAAGGUAGGUGCGGAACGCUUUAGGGCACCAGAGAUCCUCUUCGAUCCAGAGAUCAUCGGACUGGAAUGGCCAGGUCUACAUCAGAUAGUCGUUGACGCCAUUAACCGCACCGACAUGGAUCUCCGCAAAGCUCUCUACGCCAACAUCGUGCUCUCGGGUGGGUCGACAAUGAUCAAAGGUUUUGGCGAUCGAUUACUGCAUGAGGUGCAGCGGUUGGCUGUUAAGGACAUGCGGAUCAAGAUCUUUGCACCACCCGAGAGACUGUACAGCACCUGGAUUGGCGGCAGUAUUCUAGCUGGAUUGAGCACCUUCCGGAAGAUGUAUGUCAGUAUUGAUGAUUGGCAUGAGAGUGAGUUUGACUGUAUACUCUGGGCGAUCUGA